AAUUUGCAAAGGAUUGCGAACUGUCAGGUAUCAAUUUCAACUUUUUGUAAAUAUUGGAGAAUUCUUCAUCAAACCAAAUCUUUGAAAAAACCUCUUUAGUGCCAAAAAGUCAUUCAGAUCUUCCAACAAAAUAUCCUAGCAAGGUUUAUGUAAUUUCUUGCUCGUACCUUAAUUGAUUCCUCCUCCCGAUAUUAUUAUUAGAUCAUUAAACUACUUCAAUUGUUGCACCAGCACCCCAAAAGUAGCAUUAAAGCUUUCGAGCUGAGAGCCCGCGUCUUAUAUGCCAAGGUCGUCUGCAGGUUUGGGCUAGCAUCUCGCACCGCUGGCUCAAUGGUUUGGGCAACGAUGCGCGCAAGGUGAAUGUCAUUAUUUCUAUAUUAAAUAAAACGACCCGUACGUGCCACACUUCUCGAAGACGAAGCAUUUCGCCUUUGCCCCCGGAUAUGCGCCACCAGACUCACACACAGACACACAGACACACGCAUUACACAGGGAAACUAUUUCCGCUCGCAAAAUGUGUCACUCAUAAAAUCCAAUUACCCUUAUGCUAUUUUCGUUCACUUUCUCUCUGCUGGCCCGGUCGGUCGGAAGCAAUUGGGAGACGACUGGGUUUGCUCAACCGUGUGUCGAAUAUCUAAGUGGCUAGGUUACAGCGUCGUGCACCUUUUCACCAAUUCUACUUUAGAUUGGCGAAGAGUAAAAAUAAAUGAAAAAGAAAAAGAGGAUAAGUACAUCUACAGAAUCAAAGCUAACUCGGUUUCUAAAGGUUCCUAGAAAAGACCCAAAACCUAGCCAGUUCAGCAAAACCCGGGGAACAUUUACGAAUUUGGAAAGUUUUCCUAAUAAGUGAAUAUGUUGGGUUCCAGCCCCUAUAAAAGCAGUAGGAUAAAAGGAAGCCAUUACCGGUUUGAAGUGGAAAUAGUACUUCGAUAAAAAGUUUCAAUAAUUGGCGCUACUCCUGUAGCCACAUACAAACAGUGGAUGUCUCUAUGUCUUGUAAGAGUUUUUGUGGCAAAAAGGAACUGCGGAAAAAUCGUGCCAGGCGUAAGAAAUAAAUGUCUUUGUUUAAGAAUUCCUAAGAUCGCCUUCCACUGAUAACCGGCAACACUCCUCCCACCGAGACCGAAGGUGAUGAAGCAGAUGUAAGGAUUCAACGCAUGUUAUCGUGUUCUCUUCCCCACCACCCAACCUGCCUUUGUGGGUACCGCAUGAUCUUUCUCUCGAAUGUCACGCAAUGCCGCUGCGACGAAGAAAAAUGCGACCCGUGUAGCUCCGAGUGGUGCUGCUGCCCACGGCUCAAGUGAUUAUCUGUGAUUUCGGGGUAGCAGACUUGGGUAGUAUAAGACAAGCUUAUCAGUCUCAUUUCUGCUCUGCUUUUAGUGUCUGAUAAAAGCGGGUUCCGAGAACCAGGCAAGUGCUACUAUUUGUUAUUCCUGUCCUGUGAUGCUUUGUCCUUCAUGCUUCGUUGAGGUUUCUUUCGCAUGCCAACCUAACAAAAGGAUUCAUUGAAAAUCGUUUGCUUGCUCACAACAGCUUACUACUACUGUGGGGAUCCUUGGAAAAAGUAAAACGAACAAAACAAAAUCCACUUCCACUGUUUGUUGGUUGUAAAUGGAAGAAAUAAUAAAAUAAUACUGCUAACACGAUUAAACUUGAAGCAAAGUUUGUAAAAGCAAGUCCGCACAUUGCUACCCACGGGAACGGUCUGUUCCUGUUACUUCUUUGAAAAACCAGACGUGUAAGCACACCCUGUACUACCAGACUAUCGGAAGCUAUAAAGCAGAGUUUGCACACAAAGGCAAAAGUAAACUAUUUUCCAUAUUAAUUUUCCACGAAAUGCUCCUGCAGGCGGAGAGCGAUUGAAAAUGAUGCUGUUGAUGUGAAGUCGAUGUUGGGAUGCAAAAUGAAAUCACAAAACAAAAAGAAUCUCAGUUUGCAGUCGGGAAAUAUGAUGCAAUAAUGGCGCAGGGGCUGUUGUUGGAUGCAUUGUAAACAUUCGUGAAGGAAGAUGGAACAUGCUACUGUGGAAUGGCAUCCAGGACGAGAAAGGCUCGUCUGCAUUUACUAUUUGUGUAUGGGUCAUGUUAUUGUCAGAUUUUUUACUAACAACAAUCGCGCCAUCUAGGAUCAAAGCGUCGUACUAAAAAUCUGUGAAUAGGAAUUGUUCUGAAUAUAAAUGACGAUCCUGGAAAGCAAUUACCAGCUCUUUACGUCAUUUUCCUCUAGUCUAAUUACAUUUGCAUUAUGAGAUAAUGCUAAGAAACUCUCAAUAUAAAAAAAUCUACUUUCAUAGCGAGCUGUAUUCUUCCAAACGCGCCACCGAACGACACCCCACGGAUUCCACAAAUGGCGGUGGAAAACUGCGAACUUCCGGUCGCAAGGCACUGUUUACUCAUCACUCACUUCAAACAAUAAUAAAUGAGAUAAAAGCAAUAUUAUCUGCAUAGUCGCGGUCGUAGUCACCGUACUGCUUCUGCUUCACAGACGACGCUUCCGUUAGCAGAGAAGCCCGCGAGGCACUGUGAAACGAUGGUGGUACGCAGACGAUAACCGAACACAAAACCCUCACCGAAACCGGAUGUGUUAGAUCGUUGGGAAUAUUUUCAUCCUCAUUGGAAAGCAGGACGCGACGGAAGGGACGAUCGAAAAUUAUAACAAAGAAGGAAAUACUAAGUAGCGUUUAAAUAGUCUGCAUCGAGCGAGUAGCAAAGUUUGAUGUAGUACGCACGCGGAUGUGAGCCUGAGAGUACAAUAUCGUUAUAAGCGGCAAUGUGCAAUGAGAAGGUAUAGCGCGAAAGCACGUACUCUAUCUGCCUUACUGCGUGACUUAUUGCGCGAACAGCAGCAGGCGUCCGUUGGGUCGGUUAAAGCGGCUGCCAGCUUGUAUCUUAUCUUGAUGCGAACAAAAUUUACAAUGCGCGCCGGUUUAUUAUUGUACACAAGAAGGCAGCAGCAGGUCGUAGUGAGGAUUACAGAGCUGGCAAAAGUACAGGAAGAUACGUGUGUUAGCAAUCGUGGUCGUAAAAUUGCGCCGAUCUGUAGACACAGUGUGCUUGUGCGGGGAGUUUAGCAAACGCUUUGUACCACUUUUUUGCCAGUUUCUUGUCUUCAAGAGCUCAAUCGUGUAAUUCUGCGAUUCCAAGAAUCAAGCCCACCGUAAUGCCUGAAGAUGUGAGUAAUAAUUGCAAACCAUCGUUAUGAUAGCAUGGCAAUCGGCGAACACUUGAACCGCUUCCGGUUGUGAACGGAACGAGCCAACACGCGAUAACAGACCACACAGAGCAAGCACACCUUGAAGUAUCUGAUAAAGUGCUACACCCAGCACCGAGAUAUUCCGCUGGCAGUGGGAUUUUGUCGUUGCGCUGCAUGACGCGUGCUGUUCCCGUUGGGGCUGUGUUUGUUCAGAUGUCAUCGAAAGGACACUUAAAUACUUAACCGAGCCAUCGAACGCGUCCUGCAAUCUUUCAGCAUAAGGUACGUCGAAAGGCUUAGAAUAUUUUCGGAUAUUAACGAGAAUUUUGAAAACGCCUUUCCAGCGCACUUGCACCUAAUUGCAGCAGAAUGGAUUACGUGGACCCCGGAGUAGCAACCAAAGCCACGAAAAAGAGAUGAGCUACGACGACCCGAUCCCGAUCGUUCUGUGCUCGAUAGUGUAAAAAAAAGACUAUGACGAUUCGAGCGGUCCCGUAGAGCCGGAAACUACCCUGUCGCGCUCGCCCCAACCUCUGAACAGCACAGAAGAAGGAAGCGCUGUGUUCCCAGCCGUGUUCGGAAGUCCCUUUUCCGGGGAGCGCUCAAGCAAUCAAUCCUGCCGCCGCCGACGACGACUCGAUAUUUCCCAAACGACAAACCCAAUCAACACACACGAUGACGACGCACACGGGCAGUAAAACAUCGCGCGGCCACCGUUGCCCGCGGGGCAUGAUGCUGAGCCUGCUGGUCGCCGUCACGGUCGGCAUGGUGAUGGCGGCCGCGGUCGUCGUCUCGCCCGUCGAGGCGGCCGGGCUGGCCAACUGUCCGCUCGGCUGCCAGUGCGACGACGAUACGCUCGUGGUGACGUGCGGCGAGGGGCAGCUCGACGUGCUGCCGAUCGUGCUGAACCCCUCCCUGCAGCGGCUCGUCAUCAAGAACAACAAGAUCAAAACGAUCGACUCCUCCAUGCAGUUCUACGCCGAGCUAACGUUUCUCGACCUUAGCUACAACCAUCUGUUUAACAUGCCGCCGCGCACCUUCGCCUACCAGCGCAAGCUGACCGAGCUGCACCUGAACCACAACAAGGUGGGCUCGAUCACGAACAAAACGUUCGUGGGGCUGGUCGCGCUGACCGUGCUGAACCUGCGCGGCAACUUCCUGGACGAGCUGCCCGAGGGCGUGUUUGCGGGCGUGCCGAAGCUCGAGGAGCUAAACCUGGGCCAGAAUCGCAUCGCCAAGAUCGACCCGAAAGCGUUCGCCGGGCUGACCGGGCUGCGCGUGCUCUACCUGGACGACAACACGAUCAGUGCGGUACCGUCGCCGGCGCUGCAACCGCUCCGAGCGCUGGGCGAGCUGUACAUCGGGCUCAACUCGUUCGCUGCCAUCCCGAAGGAAGCGUUCGCCAUGCUGACCGGGCUGGCCAAGCUCGAUCUGGAGGGUGCCGCGCUGCUGAACGUGUCGCGCGACAGCUUCCGCGGGCUGGAGCGGCUCCGCACGCUCGACCUGUCGGACAAUCGGCUCGCCCGCAUCCCGACGGCCGAGCUGGCGGUGCUAGAGCGGCUCGAGGAGCUGUCACUCGGGCAGAACGAUUUCGAAUCGAUACCACCGAACGCGUUCGCGGGGCUUAACAAUCUGCGCGUGCUGGACAUAUCCGGUUCGCUCAAGCUGACGCGCAUCGAGAGCGGUGCGUUUGCGCACAACACCAACCUGGAGGAGAUUGUGAUCGCCUCGAACAAGAUGCUGACCGAGGUGCAGGACGGUGCGCUGAGCGGGCUGCCCCAUCUGCGGCGCGUCGUGCUGAAGGACAACGCCCUGACGACGCUCACCGACGGGAUGCUCUCGUGGAACGAUCUGGUGGAGCUGGAUCUGUCCGAGAACUUGAUCCUGUGCGACUGCCAGAUACUGUGGCUGCGCAAUCUGCUUGUGAGUCGUAGCAAUGGAACGGUCGGAGCGGCGGUGCAACAGAUUCCGGUCGUUUGUGCCUCGCCGGACCGGCUACGCGGCCAGGUGCUGCAGAGCCUGUCACCCGAGCUGCUCGGCUGCACGCAUCCCGACCGGCAGCAGCAGGCCAUCAUCUGCGUGGUGCUGGUGAGUGCCGCCGCCGUGCUGACGACGCUCGCCCUCGUCAUCUACAAGUGUCGCCGGCGCAUCCAGGAAGCGGUCAAGGGUAGCUGGGGCUCGAACGGAAUAGGGCGCAAGGAGCGCGAGUAUCAGAAAACGUUCUCCGAGGAGGACUACUCCGCGCGCCACCCGCAUCCGGGGCCGCCGGGCGGCGGGCUAGCGAUCCAUCCGACCACGCUCAACAACUACCAGAUCAACCACCAGCACCAUCACUCGCACGGCAUCCGGCACAUCCCGGUGACGGAACUAUAGCUAGAGG